AUGGCGCUCUCAAGCCCCGCCUCAGAUACCGCGGUGUCAGCGACCUCAACACCCGACGCCGACCUCUCCAGCGCACUCGGUAUGCUCGCGAUGCAAGACCCCUCGAUUCCGACAUCGGGCAAAUGCCACAUCGAUAGAUGCGCCGUCGAGACUCUGAUACAAGUGGCUGAAAGCCUGGACUACAAGGGUCUAUGUUCCUUGUCACGCGCCUCGAAGCGCUACACAGAGGCUGCGCAGGAUGUCCUCUACCGCGUUGUCGACCUUCGUCCAGGCGGCGAAGAUUGGGAAAAUUGGGAAGAUUCAGACAACGAGUCCACAUUCGACCAACCCACCAAGUCUGCUCUCGCCGUGUUUCUCUGGACUAUCAAACAAAAGCCUCACUUGGCGCCCAAAGUCCAGGAUCUAUGGUUCCUGCCGCGCUCGACACUUGUCGAGUAUCCACAGCUCAUGUAUUCCGGUGUGUCACCUGUCGCUCUGAUGAGUAAGCCCAGAAGCUAUGUGGUUGAAGUCAACGAGAAGAAGCUCGCUUGCGACCUCCUGGCUCGUCUCACCGAGUUGCGUUCUUUGACCAUUACCGCUCUGGAUGAAUUCCUCUGCAGAACCGAGUUCGACGAUCCUGAUAACUAUGUUCUUCCGUAUCUGAAGGUUGGAAUCAACAAGACCGUCUUCGGAAGGCUCUCGAUUCCCUUGAACAAGCUCGUAGCUCUACCCUGCUUCUCGAAGCUUACAUCUAUCCACCUCUCUCAUGGUUAUCUGGACUGGCAGGUUGUUACACUACCUACGCUUCAUACCCUAUGCAUAGGAAUUCGGGCGAAGUUACCGAUGCCGUCAGUCAACGCCGAAGCCCCCAAUAUUACAUCUCUCACACUCGAAGCUGAAGCCGGAGGUCAAGACAGCAGGUUCCUGGGAGCGACAACGUUCCUCAGAUGUCUCCCGAAUGUACAUACAUUGACUUUGGGUUCUUAUCUGCGGGAAGUGGGUCACCCCAGAUUUCCUCGGAGUGAUGAAGACCGUUUCCGCUGCUCGACCUUUGGCAAUACGGGCUCAUUUAGCAAACGGGUCGUGCAGGCAUUGCUUUUUUACGGAUUCUCCGUCGAGAACUUGAUAUUCAAAUACGCAGAGCCUGUACAUUUCGGCGACGAUUCAACUGUUUGCCUGGACGUCAGGACCUCCGGACCAUUACAGCGGAUCCAGAUUGCAGAAUGUGCUUUGGUGGAUAGUCACAACUUCCAGCGACUCGAAGGGUCCAGUCCGUCUCACCAGCUACCUCGUCGCAUUCGAAGUCUAGUCAUCACCCAUCCUAGGUCUCCAGGGCCAGAUGACGGGGAUCACAAGUCCAAGCUUACGAGCUGGCUAGGAGAGCUGACGAAGACCGACUUUCUAGACCUGGAACGAGUUGAGGUUGUGUGUUCAGUUGGAUAUGGAGAUGAUAUUGGGUUCAAGCAGCGUCUUGAGCAGUCUGCAGAAGUUCGCUACCUCAAGACUAUCGGUGUGGCAGUGGUGGUAAGGAAGGAGUGA